AUGCCACAAUCCCGGAUUCCCCAAGUCGACAUCUUGAUCCUGCUGCUCGACCUUGCGUGCAGCAUGCAACAAAAGCAACCGGACCUCAUGAUCCAGAAACUCAAGGCGCUACAAAUCCGCAUGGACGAAGCUACCGACUGGCAGACUACGACGGCGUCCUUACGACUUCCCAUCAAGAAAGCAUCGGGGAUGCAGCCCCUCAGCGAAGACACGGCGGCUGUCGUGGAGGCGGGCGGGCCAGAAGACGCCAACGAUUACCUCGUCUUCUCCUACGUGGCGAAAGCUGAACUGUACAUCCUAGUGAUGACGUUUAGCGGCAUCGCAUUUGUGUCGAGGUCUACGGGUAGCCAGCAUAGGACGUUAGACUUUUGGGAGGAGGCCCUUGACACUCUGGAGAGAUGGAACAAGGAAAAGGGUUCAGGGGACGUGAUCCCGCUGCCUUCGCUACAGGAGGCGGUGCGCAGAGCGACGUGGAGAAACGAAGUGCAUUGCUACCUGCACAUCCUGAUCGCGCUGUACUCUGCGACGCAAAGUAGAUGGGCCAAGGUGAGGGAGAGCCUGGACAAGGUGUACGCGGCCGUUGGAACAGGCGACCUUGAAAAGGCCGUCAUCAUCUACACGGACCCGAGAUUCGAGAUUGGAAACGCGACGCAGCAGCGAAAUGUGAGGUUAGAUAUGGCGCUCCUGGCCAAGAUGAGUUUGCUGUGGGUCAUGGAACACCCGAGGUACCGCAACACGGCGGAGUCAACCAGGCUAUUUGAGCAGCUCCGACCGCUUUGCCAGGACCAUCACGACGUGGAAAUUCGAACGGCGUAUAACAUUGUGCUAGCCACUAUCACGAUGCAGCCACCGCCCCCUCUCCAGCAGGUCAAGAAUAGCAUGUACACGGCGCUCAACGGCUCCAAGAUGGUUGGAAACACGCACUUUUUGGCCAUCUCACUCAACAUUAUGAGAUGCCGUCUGUUCGAAAACGUCGUCGGGGAGCAGGCGCUCAAGAGUGCCAAGGCAGCAUCGACGCAGGCCAAGAGGAACGGCAACUACCUCUGGAUGAGUGUUGCUGAUGGCAUGCUCGCGCAUUCGCACGACGUGCAGGGGCAAGCGGAGGAAGCGAGCCAGGCAAAUAGUACGGCGGCCGGGUACGCGGCCAAGGCAUUGGCAGCAGAUAACCCUUAA